CAAAAUUUCCAGCGUUUCGAUGUGGUGUUUUGUUUUCAUGUGAAUUAAACAGCCACGCGACUGUUAAAAUCCCUACAGAACAGCAAACGUUUCACGCGUUACCUUGCUGACAUGCAAAAAUACUGCAGAUCUGGCCUCUGACCACGUUUUCCUCGAAGUGCAUACCAAAUUGUUCUUUGGACUUCAGUUCGAGAUUGCGAAAAGAGCCAGCCAUAGCCUCGUUUUUGAUGGAUUUUUCUUGUGUGCUUUGUUCCCUGACUGCGCGACGCACACGCUGAUAUGAGUGUCGUUAUCACGGAAUCUAUUAUUGCGGUAAUUCAUAAUCAUGUCGAAUAUGGUGUUCGCUAACAGAUAGCGUCGAUAAGGGGGAUGAGCUUCCGUUGAUAAGUGUCACGGUGCUGCUGGUUCCUGUAGCUGGAUGUUCUUAUCGUUCUGGCAGUGGUUAACGCAGACAUAAUCAAUUGAUUAUGUUUUCUCUGGCAUACUAUCGUAAUACGAGAUGUGGGAACCCGUAUCCGACAACAAUGCGCCCGGGCCUUCCAGUCCUCCGGAGGAAGCUGCCUUUGCCAGUGUUCCCCAGAAGACGUACACUGAAGUGGACUAUAUUAACUUCCGCAGUGCGGAACACGACGGACGGUACAAUGAGCUGACAGAAUCCAUCCGAUCCAAUCCGGAGAGUGAUAUUGCCAGUCGCUACUCGGAUCGCCUGUCGAAGCGCUCGAUACUGUGCAUCCGCGUCAGCUUCCUGAACAUUCUCCUAAUGGGAUUUCGGUUUAUGUUCAAUAUCGGGGCAUAUACGACGGCAGGAAUGGCCCAGACGGUGGUGUUAAACAGUGUGAACGAUGAUUAUUUCCAAGGGACACCCACAUUGGGAUACGUUUUGUGGGCGGUUUGUUGUGGGACGCAGGCGCUCGCAUACUUGUUUGGACCAUGUGUGGUUGCCGUUAUUGGCCCGAAGACCGCGAUGGUGUCCGGAGCCGCUUGUGUGUCCCUCUACAUCGCGUGCUUUAUUCGACCUUUGACCAUUGCCCUAUAUAUUGGUGCAGCAUUAAUGGGAUUCGGUGUCGGGAUAAUAUGGGUCGUUCAACAGCAUUUUAUCACCAUUAAUUCCACUUCGAAGCGAGUAAUGAGAAAUACGGGAGUGUUUUGGGGAUUAUAUCAGUCGAGUUUAGUCACCGGAAAUAUGUUCUAUUUUAUUAUGGUACAUGGUGCUGAACAAAUCGACACUGAAACGCGUCUCAUUGUUUUCGGAACGCUGACGGGUAUUUCUGGAAUUGGAAUUGUGGUUUUCGCUCUUCUUGUUCACCCAUGGUGCGAAAAGGUUCGCCGACCGCCUCAUGAAUACCUUACGCUGAGUCAAAAUGGAGCAGAACCGGUUCCUCAUCGUUCUGCCAAAGAAGCGCUAGUGGCCACGCUCAAAGUUGCAAAGAACAGAGAUAUGCUCAUACUAAUGCCAAUUUUUUGUUAUAUUGGCGUAGAGGGGACAUUUUGGGUGAAUGUUUAUGGAACAUCACUCGGAUACACUGAGCGCUUCGGAACAUUGAGAGAAUCUCUCGUCGGUUUGACCGGUGUCUUUGCUGGUGCUGGAGAAAUAAUUGGUGGGCUACUUCUUGGUUUUCUGGGAAAAUGGAUGCACUACAAUGGGAAGGACGGGAUGCUUAUGUUCGCAAUGGUCGUACAUGUCGCCGCUUAUUACCUGACAUUCCUCAAUACGCCCAGUUCCGCGUCGCUGGGGAUGACCGAUGACGGUGCUUACGUAGACCCUGACCCUUACAUUGCCAUGGUCGUCGCAUUUCUUUUGGGUUUAGGUGAUGCAAUUUUCAACAGCCAGUGUAUGGCCUACUUGGGACAUGUUUAUCGGCACGACUGUGUUUCAGUGUUCGGAGUGUACCAGUUUUGGUGUGCCAUCGCCAACUGUAUUAGUUUUUUGUAUGCUACUAUCCUGACUAUUCCUUAUCAGCUGUUGAUACUGGUGAUCAAUGCUGUGAUGGCUGCUGCUGGGUUUUGUUAUGUGGAAUGGCAGGCUUAUCGAACACACCCCCCGGAAUAAUAAUGGGGAAUCCAUUUUUCAGAAUCUGUGAUAUUUUGUUCUUUUUGUAACUGUUUGUAUGCACUAUGCAUUUACGUGUGCCGAGAACGUUGUUUUAUUUUAUCCGAUAUUUGGACUUUUUAUACAAUGAUUUAAUUUUACUGUGAUAUGAACGGAAGAUUGUUAAAGUAGUUUACAGUAAAUUAUUAGUAAAAGCAUGACCCUGAA